UUGAAAAGCGAGAGUCAGCAACACUAUUUGCAACACUGGACACGACAGCUCACCAAAUAUUAGCUGCUGUGAUUUUGUUUUACAAUUUUCGUUUAAAUUUUUACAUUUUUGUUUGCGGAAAGCGCGGGUGCGAGACAGGUGCGCAGUUUCCAUGCAAAAGUGCAAAUCGUCAGCUGUAAAGCAGUCAGAAAACGGCACGCCAAGUAAAAACGAGUUCGACGUCUUGUUGUAGUUGGAUUUUCCAGCAACUUUUCGACGAGAUUGUGUGAAAAAUUCCGCAGCAUUCGAUAGCCUCAAAAUGGUGGAUAAGUUCAUCAGCAUGUGGAAAGUGCGCGAAUUGGCGGACAAGGUCACCAAUGUCGUGAUGAAUUACACGGAAACGGAGGGCAAGGUGCGGGAGGCCACCAACGAUGAUCCGUGGGGGCCAACAGGACCCCUCAUGCAAGAAUUGGCCUACUCCACCUUCUCAUACGAAACAUUCCCGGAGGUGAUGUCCAUGCUGUGGAAGCGCAUGCUGCAGGACAAUAAAACCAAUUGGCGACGCACCUACAAGAGCCUCCUUCUGCUAAACUAUUUGGUGCGAAACGGCUCUGAGCGGGUGGUAACCUCCUCCCGGGAGCACAUUUACGAUCUGCGCUCGCUGGAGAACUAUACGUUCACUGACGAGGGCGGCAAGGAUCAGGGUAUUAAUGUUAGGCAUAAGGUACGAGAGCUUAUAGACUUUAUUCAGGACGAUGAUCGAUUGCGCGAGGAGCGCAAAAAGGCAAAGAAGAACAAGGACAAGUACAUCGGCAUGAGCAGCGACGCCAUGGGUAUGCGAAGCGGUGGCUACAGCGGCUAUAGCGGUGGCUCUGGAGGAGGCGGUGGUGGUAGCGGUGGCUACAAUGAUGGCGAUUACCGCUCUAGUCGUGGAGACAAUUGGUACUCCGACAAAAGCGCCGAGAAGGAUCGGUAUGAGGAUGAUGAUACUCACUACGAUGGAGAGCGGGAGGGAUCCGAUAGCGACUCACCCAGUCCAAGACGUAACUAUCGAUACAAUGACCGAGCAAGUCCCGCAGAAGUGGCCAGCGAGGCCAAACCUUCCAGCCUCAACAUGAAUAUUCGUUCGAAGACCGUUAGUUCCCCUGUCUCUAAGCAGCCCACUUCAACGGUGUCUGCCAAGCCGGCGCUGUCCCAGAAGAAGAUUGAUCUGGGUGCGGCAGCAAACUUUGGAAAGCCAGCUCCUGGCGGUGCUGCUGGCAUCCACUCGCCAACUCACCGCGACACUCCCACCAGCGUGGAUUUGAUGGGCGGCGGAUCGCCGUCGCCAUCUACUUCCAAGGCAAACAAUAAUACGCAAAGCAAUAACAACGAUCUGCUGGACGAUCUGUUCAAGACCUGCUCGCCACCGCCAGGGCAAGAGAAAACGCUGAACAGUGCCGCCGUGGUUGUUGAUGAUGAUGAUGACUUUAACCCGCGGGCCAGCGAUGCUAGCCAGCAGGAAUUCGGGGACUUCGCCGCUGCUUUCGGGCAACCCUCAACGGGAACUACGAUCAGUGAGCCGCCAUCAACGGGCCUGGUUCCGGCUGCGAACGAUGAGUUCGCCGACUUUGCGGCGUUCCAAGGCUCGACGACGUCGACCUCUGCCCUGGAUGGCAAUCUGCUGAAGACUGCCACGCCGGCCAACGAUUCGUUUGACCUGUUCAAUUCAGCUCCCACCACUACGGCAGCCACCGCAACGGCUACAGAUCUCCUGGCGGGUCUGGGCGAUCUGUCCAUUCACCAAAGCAUGCCCAUGGCUGUUGAAGAGCAGUUGGCAUCCGGUAAUGAUUCGAUGUCGUCGCCUGCCCCACAGCCACCGCCUGAGGCAGUGCGUCUGGCUUUUUCCAAGGCGCAGAAGCAGCUGCGCGACUUAAUGCAGGUCCAGAGCGCUUCAGCUGUUGCCCAAGUGGCAGCCAUUCUGAGGGAACUGCAUAACUCAAACGCACUGCCCGGUUUUGCCACACCAGAGCAGUUGGUUGGCCUCGAUCGUCAAACGUGCGACUGGAGCUGUCUUGCCCAUGGGGAGUAUGCCGCAUUGCUUAAUCAAUUGACAGAGCUAUUCAGCCAGGAUUGGCCAGAGCCUUCACAGGAUGUGGAACUCCUUAACUUUUUUAAGCUCGAUCACAGCUUUGAUUAUGUAUUGGUUGCCUUUGAGUCGCUUCAGACAAGAUUGGAUAAGUUUCCCAGUACUAUUAGUUCCUUGUUGGAAAGCCUGGUUAAGGAUGAGAGUCUAAUUCCUAUCGCCUUGCUGCACAUCUCCCGCCAGAGAGCUUCCUUGAUGCAGCGGUUUGCACGGACCAUCAAAGUUAUGCCGGAGAGAAAAGUGGAGGAGCUGGAUGCCCAGGUGAAAGCUUUCUUCCAAUUGCUAAUCGGUCUACCAGCCCAGGUGGCCAAUCGACUGGGUAGAAGACUGCCGGAGACUUUUGCUCCAGUUUCUUAUCAGCAGCUCCUGCUGCGCCAGUGGCUGAAAUCAUUGCACUUUGUCCUGCAGUGCGAUGAUAAUGGAGAAUACUUUGAUUUGGAACCGUACUCCUGGCUUUUGUCACAGGUUAUAAACCUUAUUUAUGAUGGUCCAACUUUACAGAAAAUUCUGCGAGUACUUAAGGACUAUGCGGUGGCUCCCAGAGGAAGAAAAGUAGUGAAUACCAUAUUAAGACAGUUGGAUCCUGCUGCUUGCCUAAAAACGGCACAAUCGGCACUUUCUGCGGAAUUGAAUCUAUACGUUCUUAUAGGCGCUGCUACUUUGGAGACACCCCAUUGGAAGCAUUGCCUGCUUCAGAAGUUGCCACUCCAACGCACACCCGUGGAUAAUAAGCAGCUUAAAACAUUGGCCACUUAUCUUAACGCCGUAGCUCCUGCUCAACUGCAAGUUCUUUUUAAUCAGUUGCUUGGAAUCUGGUCGAAGCGCAUUUCCUUGCAGAAGCUGGGCAGCCAAGAGCACUUGGCUAUAUCCAAAUUGCUUGUGUUGGCGGGAAAAUGCCUUUGCCGGAAUCUUGAAAUGGAUUUGAACAUUAAGCGUCAGCUCCACGAUGGACUGAGUAACCAUCUGCAGUCCCCAGAUGCACUGCAGCGGCAUGUGGGCAUGAAGACCGUGGAGCUAAUUUUCAAUUUCAUUGCCUUGCCUGACACGAAGGAGGAUGAUCGUCUACGAUUUGAUUACGAUACAUUUAAGGAUACAUUUCAUUGGCACAUCUUUGAAGAGCUUGAUAAUUUAGCUCAGUAUGAAAGCCCGAGCAAGUCCAAGCUAGAUGAGAAGCCUUGUGAGGAUCAGCUGAAACAAUUAGAAUUACAUCUCAGUGACUUUAUGAGUACUUCAGAGCAGGAGCAGCAGCAGCAGAAUAUCGAAAUAAAAGCGAAGCCCGCUUCCAGAACCCAGAAUAUAAGAAUGCAGCUGGACUCGGAUGACGACGAGCCACUAGAUGAAGACGACGAUGAUUUUAAACCCUAUGACAUGUCCAACGAUACAACCACCAUCAUUGAGCAGCGCCCCAAAUUCGUUAUCGACUUGCUGCACCUGCUCCGAGCAAAAGUGGAAAAUUAUCAGGUUUUCGAGGGCGCCUUGGGCACAGCGGAGCAACUUAUACGAGGCCAACUGGCCAAGCAUGAUACUCAGUUGGCCUUAGAUCUGCUACAGCUUUUCUUAGUCAUGGAAAUGCAGUUCUACUAUGAGCACUUCGAACGUACGCAAUUUAAGUGUUGCGUGGCCAUUUGUGUGGCUCAUCCUGGUCCCUGUGCCGAGUACUUGUGCCGCCAAUUUCACACGGAUAACUCCUCCUACGCGGCCAGCGUGCGUAUUCUGAUCCUCCAGGUACUGGCAGCAGCGGCGAAAGAACUUUCUGGCGAUGAAAACAAGCACGAUGAGAUGGAAAUCCUGGAUGUCGUACCACCGGCAGCCAAGCAACCGCGAAAGUUUGACUUGCAGCAGGAGGAGGAGAGUCCGGCCGCUCGUCUGGCCGCUGCGCAAAGGAUCAUCCGCGACCGGCUGCGGGCCAAGACGAAGAGAUAUUUCAGCAAGGCGAAAAGUGGAGAUCGAAUGGAGAAAGCCAACCCAUUUCACCCGGUUGCCGGUACCUUUUUCUUCAGUUUAGUGAGGGGACAGCGCACCCGGCAGAUGCUUUUCGUAAAGUACGAAAAUAUUUCACACGACAUCGACACCCAGUUGCUUGUAAACCUACUACACACCCUGUCCGUGCUGGUCAUGUGCUCCCAGAACUGUCCACUGCUGCCGGCGAUGACCCGCGAGAUCUUUGACCUGUGCGCAUUUGUGCGUUUCAAUGCCGAGGCACGCGUCCGUGCGGCCACACUGCAGCUAAUAGGAAUCGCCCUGGUCACCACACCAGCACAUGUGCUGGCCCAGCACUUUGCGGAGUCGUUGAACGAACUGCAGCGCUGGCUGGAUGACUUCAUAAGAUCGCCAUUGGUGGGUGGAGAGACUUCGGAGGAGUGCCGGGAACUGGCCCAAAGCAUUCUGGACACCUGCUACAAGCUGUUUGAUACAGCCGCCAUGGAGCAGGCUGCCUAACGUGGCCAUUAACAACUUUUGAAAACUUAUAGAGUCUUAAGAGAUUUAAAAUAUUGAAAGAAAAUUUAAAUACACUUUUCCUUAUUCCUUGUUAAGGUAAAACGAACAAUUGUUUUGCUAAAUAUUUCCGAAUUAAAUAGCAUAACAUAGCUGAUUAAUUACAAGAUUACUUCAUAUUUUACAUCAAUUCUCAUACAAACACUAAACGCAGUGUCCUUAAACAUUUUCUUAGUAUUAUAAAGCACUAAUUAUAAAGUCGAAAGAGAGAUUUAUUUGCUAGAAAUAAGAUAAUAGUUCGAGGAAUUAUUGUUUUUUAACUCUCGCCCUCCAAGCCAUUGUAUUGCAGGUAUACAUAUACGGAUUUACUUCAUUUAAACUAAGUACUUUCCUUUGUUUAUUUGUUUUUCUCCUACUGCAUAUUUGUAUUGCAAACCACACACACAUUGGAUCCAAUAUUAUUUCUCAAAUAUAUACAUAUGUACUUAAUAA